GCUCGCCUUUGCGUGCCUCUGCACGCUGCCCCCUCGUCCAUCUAUCUCCUUCGACUAAUGCGUUCGCAUAUGCGAUCGACUGUUAGCACGGUGCGGUGUGGCUUUUCGUCGCGUCCAUUCUCGUAGUUGCGUGAAAUUAAAAAAAAAAAAAGGAAAAGAAAUAAAUACAAAAUCGGUGCAAUCGUGCACGCCACUAGAACGAUCGUCUGUGAAUCUUACUUGUUAUCACGCUUCGUGAAAUCGCGAAGUUCGCGAUCAUUGCCAGUGACAUUCUUAUGUUAACGUUCGAUUGUGUUUCCUAUCAUUUUUAUAAUUAAGAGAAUUAAUGCCGUAACUAAAGUGACACAAGGGAAAUGCAUUUGGCGAUACGUCAAGAUUGACGAUGUGAUUUGUGGACGUAAUGAUUAGCGAGUAUCGUGAAUGAAUUGUCGUCGUUGAUUUAAUUUGAUUUAAUUUAAUUGAAACUCUGGACAUCGAGUGAGAAGCGUCGACGAAUCGAAAACUGUUUGUAAAAUUUCGCAAAACUACGCAGUGAAUUUUCAACUCGGUGAUAUGAAAUUGUGACGAUGUCAUCGAUAUGAUGGUCGACUGAUGUGUGUGAAUCAUCGUUAAUUUAUAAUUCUUUGAUUAAUUUCUCGAACGUAUUCUUAAUUCGGAAACUGAUCGAAAGAACUGCACGAUAAUCAUAUCGGUAAAAAAUCGCAAUGAUGCACGCUUCGCGAAUUCGCUGUUCGCACUUUGUUGGCUGAGAAAAAGAGCUUUUUCCGCAGCGACUUGUCUCUUCCAUUAGUCGCUCCGCGGAUUAUUGCAUCGGAUUGCAGUGAAUUGCAGCGUCAGCUGGUCUCUUUCUAAUCCAGUGCGCUUUCACCAAUUUCAAUCAAAGGUGCGCUGAGGAAAGAUGACAGGAAGUAGUAACAACGAAAUGGUUCAGGGGGUGGCAUCGGGUGUCCGAGGCGAUGGCAGGAAGCAUACGGUUCAUUGGUUUCGUAAGGGACUCCGGCUGCACGACAACCCUUCGUUGAAGGAGGGUCUUGCGGGGGCGUCCACUUUCCGGUGCGUCUUUGUGCUGGACCCCUGGUUCGCCGGAAGCACCAAUGUCGGCAUCAAUAAAUGGAGGUUCCUGCUGCAGUGCUUGGAAGAUCUCGACUGUUCCCUAAGGAAGCUGAAUUCCCGUCUGUUCGUGAUCCGCGGUCAACCGGCCGAUGCGCUUCCUAAGCUCUUCAAGGAGUGGGGCACGACAAAUCUGACCUUCGAGGAGGAUUCGGAACCGUUUGGUCGCGUGCGAGACCAUAAUAUCUCGGCCCUCUGUAAGGAACUUGGUAUCUCGGUGGUCCAAAAGGUCUCGCACACUCUCUACAAGCUAGAUGAGAUCAUAGAAAGAAACAAUGGGAAACCGCCACUGACCUAUCAUCAAUUUCAAAAUAUCGUCGCCAGUAUGAACCCGCCGGAACCGCCAGUAUCAACAGUGACUGCCGCUUGCAUCGGUAAUGCCUAUACUCCUCUCAAGGAUGACCACGAUGAUCAUUAUGGCGUACCCACCCUCGAGGAACUCGGCUUCGACACGGAGGGUCUGCUACCCCCCGUGUGGGUCGGUGGCGAGAGCGAGGCCCUGGCGCGGCUCGAGCGUCACCUCGAGAGGAAGGCGUGGGUGGCGAGCUUCGGCAGACCUAAAAUGACGCCGCAGUCCUUGCUGCCGAGUCAAACCGGGCUCUCGCCUUAUCUGCGAUUCGGGUGUCUCAGCACACGGCUCUUUUACUACCAGCUCACCGAUCUGUACAAAAAGGUACAAGAUGACUGCAACCCGAUCGUUAUAAAAAAAGCGGUGCCACCGCUGUCAUUACACGGACAGCUACUCUGGCGCGAAUUCUUUUACUGCGCCGCAACAAAGAACUCCAAUUUCGACCGCAUGCAGGGUAACCCGAUUUGCGUGCAGAUACCGUGGGACAAGAACGUCGAGGCGCUCGCAAAAUGGGCGAACGGUCAGACGGGAUUUCCGUGGAUCGACGCGAUUAUGACUCAACUGCGCGAGGAGGGUUGGAUACAUCAUCUGGCCAGACAUGCGGUUGCUUGCUUCUUGACCAGAGGCGACCUUUGGAUCUCAUGGGAGGAAGGAAUGAAGGUGUUCGAUGAACUGCUCUUGGACGCCGACUGGUCCGUCAAUGCCGGCAUGUGGAUGUGGCUGUCGUGCAGUUCAUUCUUUCAACAGUUUUUCCAUUGCUAUUGUCCCGUACGAUUCGGUAGAAAGGCGGAUCCAAACGGCGAUUAUAUCAGACGCUACCUGCCAGUGCUGAAGAACUUUCCGACCCGAUAUAUCCACGAACCGUGGAACGCACCCCUCAGCAUACAACACGCCGCCAAAUGUGUCAUCGGCAAGGAGUACUCGCUACCGAUGGUGAAUCACAACAAGACUUCGCGUAUCAAUAUCGAAAGGAUGAAGCAGGUGUACCAGCAGCUGAAUAAGUACCGCGGAGCUUCGUUCAAAGGAGAGAACAUCGGCUUGCUGAAUGCAUUGUUGGCGCCGCCGACGAAGGAGACCGAUGAGGAGAAGAGGAAGCAGGACUCGCCGAAUCGGGAGAACGAACAGAAAAUAGAAACCAUUAGUUCGGCGCAACAGCAGCAGCAACAGCAACAGCAGCAAUAGCGAUAGCCGAUAAUAAUGAUUUAAUAGUGAAUUCGUUAACGUGUUGUUUGUGAUGUUGACGUUCUCUCUUGUGGAUUUUACUAAAAGUGUGGAACUAAAAUCUUCCAAUUAUACUUGUAUUUGUUCGAUUAACUUUUAAUUUGCCCCGAAGAGACGAGGCGCCAAUUACAUUUGCUUUUAAGUUAAUGACUUUUCUAUUUUAAUUUAUUCUUAUUCCAAUAUUAUUUAUAAUUUAAUAAAUUCAACGAAUUCAGUAAA